AUGGUCCAAGCGGGAUGCGUCAAAUUGGAGAAGUCUCUUGGCAAAUUUGAAGAGAAUGGAGUAUGUGGGAAGAUCGGCGAGGUAAGGACGAUUUUUGUUUGAUUUUAUCGCUUUAGGACAGAACUGACGGGCCCCAUGAAACGGCUUCUGUCCUAACCGUUCAGCCCCGAACACCAGAUCCCAGGAAGUCCCGGGCAGCUUCAUGUCUCCACAAAAAACCUGCAAGAUUGUCCACAACGCCAUGCUUUCAAGGCCAUAUCUCCCUUUUUGCAUUCCUUGGCUUUAUCGUAUUUGUUUAG